AUGCUGGUUCCCGGUCUUUCUAUCGUGGCCCUCGCGUUGGGCGCUGCAGCGCGCAACCCUCAUGGCUCGGCUCCUCAAUAUGACUUUGUCAUUGUUGGCGGAGGCACCUGCGGAUUGGUUGUGGCUAACAGACUUUCGGAACUGGAGAACAUCACCGUGGCUGUCAUCAAAGCUGGAGAUUCCGUGUUCAACAAUUUCAAUGUCACCAACUUCAUGAGAUACGGUCUCGCUUUUGGGACCGAAAUUGAUUGGGCUUACGAAACCGCCAACCAGACAUAUGCUGACGGACUAAAGCACAUCAUUCGUGCUGGAAAGGCCAUUGGUAGUACAAGUACAAUUAAUGGCAAAUUACCAUUUUCAAACAGAUUUAAGAAAUCCCGUAGUAACUGUCCCAGGAAUGUCCUAUACCCGAGCCGAAGAUGCUCAAAUCGACAAUUGGGAACGUCUACAGGUGUUGGUAAUCAGGGAUGGGGUUGGAAGGAUCUUCUACCUUACUACAAGAAAUCUGAAGACUUCCAGAUUCCAACAAAGCACCAAACAUAUCUGGGUCCCAAUUCAAUCACCAAUGACACUGUUUUCUCCAUUCUGAGUCAAACAAUAGGCAACCUUGGCGUGAAGCAUAACCCUGAUGCGAAUAGCAGCCAUAUGAUUGGCUUUAAUGACCACUCAGAUACUCUUAAUAGGGAAAGAAAUAUCCGCGCAGACACUGCUCGCACGUACUACUGGCCAUAUAAGUCUCGGUCAAACUUGAAGGUCAUUUCCAACACCCAAACAAACAAGAUUAUCUGGGCUGAUAACACCCAUAGCGAAGCGGUUGCUGUUGGAGUUGAAGUCUCCAAUGCUUAUGAAACAGAGAAUAUCUAUGCUCGAAAGAAGGUUAUCCUAUCAGCUGAUACGAUCAGAUCCCCACAGCUCCUUGAGAUACUUAGUGUUGGAAACCCCGAGAUCCUCAGCCGCUACAACAUCUCCAUAAAUGUGGCUCUCACAUCUGUAGGCGAGAACACUUAUACUGGUCUUGCAUCUUUCUCCGCUCUGAUUUCAAUCAAUCAGCUCUACGGCAACAAUGUCUCGGCCGUGAAAAGACAAAUUGACAGUACUAUUAGGGAAUACGCUAAGAUUCUGUCAAACAAGACCAGCGAUGCUAUGAAACCAGACCGUUAUUUUAAAUUUUUGAAGAUCCAACGCAAUCUGAUUUUCAAUUCUCUCGUCCCUUAUAUAGAGAUAGUAUUCGCUCCCCGUAGACAGGACUUCGUAAUUGAAUUGUUAGAUUGUAAGUCAUGUGACCCAUGUCAUACAUCUAUAGAUCUCCCCUCACUCUCUCCCUCUCUUUCUCCUUCUUCUUCUCUUUACGCAAUUCAGAGAUCUCCGUGCUACUCCUUCCUUUCGUCAGUAGUAGACCUCUAUCAUGAAUACUGGCCCCUCCAGCCAUUCUCGAGGGGAAGUAUUCAUAUACAGUCCAAGAACAUCUCUCAAGAACCGAGAAUUGACCCAAACUACUUCAUAUUUGAAAAAGAUAUCGAUGCUCAAAUCGACGCUGCGCAAUACAUUCGCAAGAUCUUCGAGACUACCCCAUUGACUGGAAUCGUGGGAGAUAAGCUUAUACCCAGCUCCAAGGUCCUGCCUCCCAAUGCCUCCAAAGCCACUUGGCAGAGAUGGGUCAAGGACAACUACCGGCCCAACUGCCACUUCGUUGGCACUAACAGCAUGCUCCCAAGAGAGAAAGGCGGGGUCGUCAGCUCUGAACUUCGAGUCUAUGGUACCCAGAAUGUUCGUGUUGUUGAUGCCUCGAUUAUGCCAUUCCAGAUCUCUGGUCACUUGAGCAGCACCCUGUACGCCAUUGCCGGGAAAGCCUCAGACUUGAUCAAGGACAGCUACCGCCACUAG